UGUCUGUCUCCCUCCCACUCCCUGUUUGGAGAGUCCUUGGUGCUGCAGAGCCAGGGCUCUGGCCAUCCCUUUUCUGGCAGGUGCACUGCCUGGCCUGAAGCGGGCACCUGCUGGGGCUGGCUGUUCCUGCCCACUGACAUCGGAGUGACACGGCCCCUGCAGUAUGGGGACGGUCAGUGAGCUUUGUGCCUCGAGUUUCCAAGCCUUCCUGUGCCCCUCUGCGAUCGCCAAGGCAGUCCCCAGCGACCUGACCCCAGAGGAGUGCCAGGAGCUGGAGAACAUCCGUCGCCGCAAGCAGGAGCUACUGGCCGACAUACAGCGGCUGAGAGAUGAGAUAGCAGAAGUGACCAAUGAGAUUGAGAACCUGGGAUCCACGGAAGAGAGGAAAACCAUGCAGAGGAACAAGCAGGUGGCAAUGGGCAGGAAGAAGUUCAACAUGGACCCCAAAAAGGGGAUCCAGUUCCUGAUUGAGAACGACCUGCUGAAGAACACCUGCGAGGACAUCGCCCAGUUCCUCUACAAGGGGGAGGGGCUCAACAAGACGGCCAUUGGCGACUACCUGGGCGAGAGAGACGAGUUUAACAUCCAGGUCCUGCACGCCUUCGUGGAGCUGCACGAAUUCACUGACCUCAACCUGGUGCAAGCGCUGCGGCAGUUCCUGUGGAGUUUCCGCCUGCCGGGCGAGGCGCAGAAGAUCGAUCGGAUGAUGGAGGCGUUUGCCCAGCGGUACUGUCAAUGCAAUCCCGGCGUCUUUCAGUCCACAGACACCUGCUACGUCCUCUCCUUCGCUAUCAUCAUGCUGAACACCAGCCUGCACAACCCCAACGUCAAGGACAAGCCCACGGUGGAGCGAUUCAUCGCCAUGAACCGCGGCAUCAAUGACGGGGGCGACCUGCCGGAGGAGCUGCUCAGGAAUCUCUACGAGAGCAUAAAGAACGAACCCUUCAAAAUCCCUGAGGACGACGGCAACGACCUCACCCACACCUUCUUCAACCCUGACCGCGAGGGCUGGCUGCUGAAACUCGGGGGCAGGGUGAAGACGUGGAAGAGACGCUGGUUCAUUCUGACCGACAACUGCCUUUACUACUUCGAGUACACAACGGAUAAGGAGCCUCGUGGCAUCAUCCCCUUGGAGAACCUGAGCAUCCGCGAGGUGGAGGACUCCAAAAAGCCCAACUGCUUUGAGCUUUACAUCCCGGACAACAAAGACCAAGUGAUCAAGGCCUGUAAGACGGAGGCAGACGGGCGGGUGGUGGAGGGGAACCACACGGUGUAUCGCAUCUCAGCCCCCACCCCCGAGGAGAAGGAAGAGUGGAUGAAGUGCAUCAAGGCAGCGAUCAGCAGGGACCCCUUCUAUGAGAUGCUGGCAGCGAGGAAGAAGAAAGUGUCCUCCAUGAAGAGACAUUAGCAGCCUGGGCCAGCCGAGUGAGGUCGGCGUUCCCAGGCAGCGAGAGGCUCCCCUCCCCUGGAGAUGGAGAGAGCAGGGUGCCCGGCAAGGGCCUCUCCUGCAGCCCAGCACAGCCUGAAUUCCCAGGGACUAGCUUCAGCUUUUGCAAUUUCUUUACCAUUGGGGGGUGGGCAGGAGUUUGGGGGGGGCUGGGAGGGUCCUAGGGCCACAGCGAAGAGCCUGCAGCUACGGUCGUCGUCGGCAAAGCAGCCUCCUUGCGAGAUGAGCAGGAGUUUGGGGCUGGCAUCUCCCUUCUGGGCUCCCUUCCUAGGGAGCCGUUUUCAGGCCCUAGGCCAGGUCCGGAUGGCCUGGUGGGGGAGCGAGACACGUCACCUGCAAGGAGCUCACGGAGGAUUCGUCAGCGAUGCGUCUGCCCCAGCUGGAGCCCUGAGGCCAGCAGCCAGGGCUGGGGCGGGAAGUGUCGGGCGUGAUCUCUGCGGCGGGUCGAUGUGUAUGGGGCAAAGGCACCUGUACACACCUGUGGGGAGGGGCAGGGCGGGUGUGAUGGGAGCUCUGGGAGCCCUGCCCAAGCCUGGGGCCACCUCCUGCUCGACUCUGCCCAUGUGUCCUAUACCCCGGCCCCUGGGGAGGGAGCUGCGGUGUCUUGGCAUGGCCCCCAGGGCGGGGCCAGGCCGGGCUGAGCUGGGCACUUGUUUGGAAGCACUUUGGGCGUGUUCCGUCUGUCACUGCUCAGUCGGUGCUGGGCCGUUCAGCAGCAGGCGUUUCGCUUGCGAGGGGGUGGAAUCGCUGAGUGGGGAGGGAGGAGGCACUUGGGUGUGAACAUGACGCAAGCCAAGGGGAGCCCAUGUGCCUUGCCCACCCACCUACCCUCGUUCUAGAGGGCACCAGUCUGUCCUGGGCUCCUUGGAGAGCCCAGUGAGUUCUGGGACACACGGGGCAGCUGGGCUCGUUAGAGAUGGGAGCAGACGGGCACAGAGGUUCUAGGAAGGGGAGGCCAAGGGUCCGAAAACCAUCAUGGUGCCCUUAUGUAGCCAUAGCUUCCACAGAUGCCCAGUGCCGAGCUGCCAGCAGGAACCCUGCUGCUCCGGCCUUCCCCUGGAUCAGCCUAUUCCUGGAGCUGGCACCACUGGGCCUCGUGGGCUGUGAGCAGAGCUCAGGGAGCACCCAAAGGGCUCAGCGACAUCCCAGGCACACUGGAGCAGCAGGGCUGGGUUCGCCCAGGUGUCAUGAGAGGGGAUGGCAGAGCUUCCUGCAGAGGGAACUCCCCAGCAUCCAGGCAGGGAGGGGUCGGGCUGGUGAGGGUGUCCCAGGUCCUGCUGCUAGCACAAGCUGGGGUUUGGGAAUGAGGGGGCUGUGAAACCCAUGGGAAGGGGGACGAGUGUCCUGAGAAGGGCUGGAACCUGCCUGGAAGGCAGCUGCUCCCAGGGGCUGAAGGAGAGGUCAGUCUGGGGCACAGGGUUCCUCUGGAAGCUGCCCCAGCCUGCGUGGCCCCCGGGCCCUGAGGCACUGGGUCUGGAGAGAGGCACCCACAGCAGUAUUAGUCUAUUUAUCAGAGGUGUAAAUAUUCUGUAUAGUUUUCUCCUUUAAGGUUAUUUUGUAUUUGUUGAAGUUCUGUGCAGAGGCCUCUCUGGCAGGGCGGGAAGUGUUUCAGGGUUUUUUAGUCUGAUUCUAACUCUUUGGUUUUUUGCCACGGCCUUGUAAACUAGCGCUGAGGAUCUGCAGCAAAUAAACGUCAAACCUCUGCUCAGCCUCCUG